GCGGCAGCGCCGGGGAUGGGCAGCGAGAGCGCGCCCAGGAGCAGCCCGGGCCCCGCCGCUCCGCUCCGCUCCUCCUGCCCCGCAGCCCCCCGCGCCCCCGGGGCAGCGCCGCGGCCCCCGCCCCGGACGGGGAGACGCCACAACUGAGCUGUGAGCUAACCUGGGCUUUGCUGUGUACCCUGACUGUGAUCAGGAACAGACAUUGGUAUGCAGGACUCGUCUUAAGAUACAGCCGCAGGGAUAGCAAUCGUCUAUUCAACACCUCAUUCCUUUUAAUACCAGAAAGGAUACACGCCACCUUCUCCUAGUUUGUGUUGACAGUUAAAUCAGAUGGGAAGUUCAACUCAUUCAGCUGCAUCAGAUAUUUAAAGAAGUUGAAGAACUUUGUCAACACAUCCCAAUUCAAAUCUGCUGGAUCUCGUCUGUGCCAAUUUGCAAGUCCAAAGCCAUCGCAGAUCCCAGUUACUCACCUAACAGAGGAUGCAGUCAGUACAAGGGAGCCAGUCUUAAUUACAUGACAAUUUCUGUACCUACUUUCAGAAUACUAUACAAAGAAGAACAAAUUAUGACAUCGACAUCUAAAGGAAUUUUCCGGCCAUUUUUUAUUAUCUUCAUUGUCCUCGGUUGUUUCAUGGCAUUUAUACUUAUUUAUAUCAAACCAACAAAUAGCUGGAUCUCUGGUCCUAUAGAAUCAGCCAGUUCAGUUUUGAAAAUGAAGAGCUUCUUUUCUUCCAAAACUGAUAAUCUUAAUGAAACUACUAUCUUGAUCUGGGUUUGGCCAUUUGGUCAGACAUUUGAUCUAACAUCCUGCCAAACAAUGUUCAAUAUCCACGGGUGCCAUCUGACUAUUGACCGCUCACUAUAUAACAAAUCCCAUGCUGUUCUCAUUCACCACAGGGAUAUUAGCUGGGAUCUGACUAAUUUACCUCAGCAAGCCAGGCCACCAUUCCAGAAGUGGAUUUGGAUGAACUUGGAGUCUCCAACUCAUACUCCUCAAAAGAGUGGCAUUGAACAUCUGUUUAACCUAACCCUGACUUAUCGGCGUGAUUCGGAUAUUCAGGUGCCUUACGGCUUCAUGAUGGUCGGUACAAGUUCCUUUACAUUUGAAGUGCCGAGUAAGGAAAACUUGGUCUGUUGGGUUGUAAGUAAUUGGAACCCUGAGCAUGCUCGAGUCAAGUAUUACAACGAGCUUAGCAAAUACAUUGAAAUCCAUACCUAUGGACAAGCCUUUGGAGACUAUGUGAACGAUAAAAACUUGAUUCCUACUAUCUCCACUUGCAAAUUCUACCUUUCCUUUGAAAAUUCAAUCCACAAAGAUUACAUUACUGAGAAACUUUACAAUGCUCUUCUGGCUGGAUCAGUCCCAGUUGUAUUGGGCCCUUCCAGAGAAAACUAUGAGAAUUACAUUCCAGCAGACUCUUUCAUACAUGUGGAAGAUUUUCUCUCCCCUAGAGAGCUGGCAGAAUAUCUUCUGAUGCUUGACAAAAAUAACAAGAUGUACCUUAGUUAUUUCAACUGGAAGAAGGAUUUCUCGGUGCAUCUUCCUAGAUUCUGGGAAUCACAUGCAUGUCUUGCUUGUGAUCAUGUGAAAAGACACCAGGAAUACAAGUCCAUUGGAAAUUUAGAAAAAUGGUUUUGGAAUUAAUGUGUGUGUGUGUGUAUGUGCGUGCACAGACACACUUUUUUGAAGAAGCCAGAAGAAACUUCCGGCCAAGGGUGAGGAGAGGAAAACAGACAAAAUAAGGAGAACAGAACUUCGUGUCAUGGUUCAUCAGCUGUCCUCUCUUGGAUAUCUUAUUUAUAUUUUGUAAGAGAUUUUAAAAGAUUGGCAGCACUCAUCAAUACUCAGUUUUAAAUUAUAAUGUACAUACUAAUUAUGUGCACUGAAAAGUAGUUGAUUGUUUACUAUAAUUUUUAAACAAGAUUUUCCACAUUUUCUGUGAAAUAUGUCCCAGUCUUACACUUAAAUUAGUAAUUUUUAACACUUUUUUAUUAUUAUUUUUAACAUUACAUGUGCUGUUUAACCUAGCUGGAAAAUGUGGACACAACUUUUAAAAGCCAGAGAAAAUUUUAAACAUAAUUUCCUAUUCCCAUCUCGAAUGUGUGUAGUAUUUAAAAAGACAGUAAGGUUUUUUAUGGUUCAUCUUAUAUUAUAAGAACACAGUAAAGUUCAACACCUACCAUUAUUCCUGUGUGAUGAAUUGCACCCCUUUUUAAGGGUGAUGAACCUAGAAAUAUAGUUUGAAAAUCUAUUACACUAGUAGACAGCCUUUGUUUCUAAAAAGAUGAUGUUUCCUGACAAAUAGUUCCACUACAUUACUUUAGGAAUAUAUCUCUUCUUACCUUCUGAAGAAUAAAGAAGUCAGAUACAGAGAAGUUGAACAACCUUAGUGACCAAAACCCAGAUUCAUCUCAUUUUUGAGUGUAUUUAAAUAUAGCAUGUCCUUAAGUCUCAUUAAGUCUCAAGUAUUGUUUACCUGGACCAGGGCUGUAAGUGGUGUUACACUGAUACAAAGAUAAAUGGAUUUUAACAUAGGCAUUCAAUCACAUCAGCUUCAUGCGGCGAUUUCAUCCUGAAUAACAGAUUUUUAGAAACGGCUUGUUGAGAAAUUUUAGAAAUUUCUCUCAUAUAAUUUCUUGAAUAAUUGUGAAUUUAUCCCCAAUUUCAAUUUUAAUUGUAGCUGAAUGUCUUGCCAUUAUGGCUCAUGAAUGUGUGGAAAAAAAUGACCAAACAGUUUAUUUUCUGAAAUAAAUAUACUGACAUUCAGUAACUAAGUUGUCAGGCUGACACAGUCAAACAUUCAACUCAUUAAGCUUAUGAGGUUUUGGUUUUGAAAAUAUUUUAUGUGACAAAUAUAAACAAAUGCACCCUUUAAGAACAGGAGUUGCUAUCAAAAUUUGAAUAUAUAUAUAAGUCCUUAAGUAUUAAAUUUACUCUGAUACGAAGUACGAAAAUGUGAUGAUUGUCAUGAUUGUUUAAAAUGUCUGACUUUAAUAUGUGUGAUUUGAUUUGAUUUUUUUUUUUUACAGCUAAGGCUUAAAUACCUGAUUACUAUAUAUAUACAUAUGUACAAGGUUGGUUUAAUGACAUAAAUGAUGGAUAUGUUUUGGUAUCAAGUGAAAGCAAACAGGCUUGUUUUUUCAGGUCAAAAUUUUACAAAUCUCACCUUCUACUGGAAAAAAAAUUUAACUGAGCAACCUUCAGCUUAUGUGAUGCAUGAGACUUUGAUCAAGCAAAGCAGUUGACCAAGUACUUAAAAUUAAACUGGCAGACAACAACAUUGCUGGAGUAAGGGAAUAAAGGAUAAAAAAUUAUAAACCCUCAGCAAAAGAUAAGGUGAUUUGUCAGAUAUAUUUUUUACCCCAGCUGGAAAAGAAACACAGGAAGCUGUAAGAGUAAUGCUACAUUUAUAAAACAGGAAACUCCAUGGAAAGGUUAUAGAAACACUUGCGCCUGAAGCCUUAUGGCUUCAAAAGCUUUUCUUCUGAUCCAGAUAUUUAUCUAUACUAUUUAUUGCUAUCUUUAAAAAGUAGUUUGCAGCAUACUGUGAAUCUCUUAAACUCACCAGCAUUCCAGUAUGAAACCAGAUGAGCUUACCUUGCAAAUUAAUGCUAUAAAAUGAAGGCCAGUCUUCUAAAAAAAAGUGCUGAUAUGGAUGUAAUGCGAGUAGUAUUUCUGUAAUUUCAAAGGGAAGUGGCUUUUGCCUACAUUCUGUCCUGUAGGUUAUCGUACCUUUUCUUUUUGGGAGGACUACGAAAUUCUCAGUCACUGUUUAUGCCACUACUUUGGCUAGAUAACCUGAUUCCCUUGAUGCAGUUUGGAAGUUCUUUACAGUGAUCUCAGAGAAUAUGCACACUCUCUUAUUCCUCAUUUCUGACAGUGUGAGUUGCUCUGUGUGUUACAAGGGCUCACAUCAAAUCAGACUGGUAUUUUUGGUAUCAAGAUUCAGCCAAUAAAUUCUUAUAUUAAUAAUGAGUAAGCACAAUAAUAAGAUAUAUGACUUGUUACCUCAGAUAUGUAAUGGUGUAUACACCGGAAAGUUUUGAAAUGUAUGCUGAAUUUUAAGCCUGCAAGUAAUGUCAUUACCUCUGUGAGCACUGAACCCAGUCUACAUGGCUAAUCUUGUGCUGAACUUGAAGAAAUAUGAAAGUCUUUUGAUAGAACUUUUCCUCACAGAAACUCCUCACAAGGCUUCUAUACUUUCCAUUCAGGAUGUAUUGCAGAAAUUGUUUCAAAGAUUAAUAAAACGGGAAAGAAAUCUAAUCUAGAUUGAAAUGACCAAGGAUCAUGACCAAAUCCUAAACAAGAGACAUGACCCUAAUGCCUCACUGACAUUCUUGAAGAGUGUGGGCUGGAACAUAAGCGAGCCAGCCAUUUUAUGAAGAUUUCAAAGCAAUCUACAGGUAUCAAGCCGUAAGCAGUUCUGGAUAUAAAGAGGUUUGCUGACACAAGAUGAAACAUCUUCUGGAGUUUUGAGCCUACGUGAUAAAUGAUGUGAAGCAAUGGAUGUAAAAUAUCUGGACUGCAUGCAUGCAUAAAAGCAGUCUACCUAGACCUGCACACCUAACUCACAGAAGAUUGAUUUCUGUCUAUAUAUAAUAUUACGCAUUGUGAUGUCUGCGCUUCUUCAGUGAGCCAUCAUACAUGAACAGUUAGCAUUAGACUCAAAUAAUGUGGAGGAUAAUUAGAAAACCCAAUUAAUUACAGAAAGGUAAAUUACAUGGAAUCAAUUAAAAUAGAGAACAAGGUAGUUUUUAUGCCUUGGUACCCCUGUCAAGAAGAAAAUUGUACAAGAAAAAAGAAAUGAAAGAUGAGAAAUCACACCAAUUUUUACUAUUUUCUAAACAAUUUUAUUUCAGGUAUUCAGUUUGUUUUAUUUUCCAGCCCACAAUAAUCUUGCAUAUGCACUUGUCACAGUUAGUUAAGUUGGCAGUCAUUAAAGACAGAGAGCAAUCAUUAUUCUUUCUUUACAAUGGCUUCUUUUGGAUGCUUUUAGGCUCUCUGUUGUGCACUGAGCUAUCAACAUUUCUGACUUCCUCAGUGUGGAAAAUAAGACCCAAACCAGAUAAAAUACUAACUGCAGAUGCAUUGAUACUCCAUUAAAUGUGAGCAAACAUGAGACAAAACUGGCAGCUGAUCCUUGUAAAGCAGAGUUUUCCUUUCAUUUCACAGACACUCAAUGACUGCAGCAGCUCUUGCACAGUGUGUUGCCAUUCCUUAGUGAUCACAGUUGCCAUUUUCUUUGAAUACCUCUUGCCCUCUGAGAUAGUUUAUACUUCACAAUGAACAAGCAGCCUAAGCAAGGCCAGCAGAAUUUAAAAAUUAAAAUUAACGUGCACUGAGAGAGCAUGAAUAUGGGGAUUUGUAGACUUCAUGCAGGCUUAACAAGAUAUGAGAAACUGGUAAUACCGAGCACAGUAAACUGCAACUUACUGUUUUUAGCUAGUCAUGUUUGUUUCUCAAACUGGGAUUUAAAAAAAGGAUGUAAUUUUCUUCCAGCUCCAAUCAAGCAAGCUUCAUUUAAAGAACCAAUAAUUGUUGCUGAUUAUUCAAGAAUGGGACUCCUGAUGGCCUUUUGUUAUCUCUUUUAUUAAACAAAAAUAAUAUUUGGGGGAAGAGAGAAUUCUGUCAGUAAGCUAAUCAUAUUUCUUAACUGACUUGAAGAACCCUUAUAAUUUUCUUGCCUUUUUUGAUUUUGAUGUAAAUCUUGUUCUCAUGCAACAAUACUUUCUGGAAUUUAUUCAAGAAAUACCGUAAGCACAUGCUUAUGACCAUGAGAGUCAAGCAGGUGCUUAAAUUUAAGAGCAUCUUAAAUGCUUUAAUGCGCCAGGACUUCAAACAGUGCUUUUAUUGCCUUUGAGAAUUAUGCUGGAGAACACAGCCUAUAGUCAACAGAGGAAGACUUGCAUGGCCUCAUUUGCAUCAUUUGUGUCCAUCCUGUGAGUCGACUGGCUACUCUACACUGAAAACUGUUUGUACUAGUUCUGACUUAGUGUCUAUCCAACAUAGCUUUGCUGUACUCUUGUGCUUCAGCAUAAUAUAUGUGCCACCAUUGCCUCAUGCCACCAACUCAGCAUGGCACUCCAACUUACAGCCUACCUGUGCUGUGCAAGGUGGACGAACUUACAUGUGGUAUAAGGAGGUGAGAGGAUCUGAGGCUUGCUGAGAUAGUAUCUCGAGGACUGUUGUAGGAAGAAAGCAUAAAACCUAAUUAUGUGUGCAUCCUAAACUGGAGUGAGUGUGCUCUAGAGAGUAUUAGUCUGAACCAUACCUGAUUUUCCUUAUAAAGGAAAAUAUUUGGUUCAGUCUAGAUAAGGCUCUGUCAGUGAAUGACUGUGUGUGAAAAGUGGGAACAAGAUGUGGCUCUGUGAAGGCUGACAAGGAGGCUUCUGACCUAUUUAAACAUAGUGGUGAAAGUUAAUCAAGUGUUUCCUUGGUCAAAGCUAGUGCAUUUUUGAGAAGACUUUUUGAGAGAA